AACAGAAGGCGAUGUUUUACUGAUGACCCAAUCUUUAGGAAAUGCUUUUAUUUUGAAACUCUCACCGGAUGCGACAUGACGUGACGUUUUCUGACGUUGUUUAUAGAUGGAUCUACGCAGCAUCAGCGGGGUGUGUUUAUGUUCCCACGCAUGAAGGUGAUCAGGGAGAAGCGGCGGCAUGGUGAUGAUUGGACACUUUGCGCGUUUGGAGCGGCGCUGCGCGCAGUGAGUGCGCAGUGAGUGCACUGGUUGGAGCUUUUUGCGCGCAGCUGGAGCGGCUCCAGGGAUGCUGCGGCUGCUCUGGCUGCAACCCGGGGCUGCGCCCUCCACCUCCGCCUCUUCACGCGUUGCCCCCCAUCCCAGUCUGUAAGAUGGGGACCAGUCUGUCCAGUCUGGCAGCCUUCCAGUCGCUGCACAUCGUCAUGCUGGGUUUGGACUCUGCCGGGAAGACCACAGUCCUUUACCGGCUCAAAUUCAACGAGUUCGUCAACACGGUUCCCACCAUCGGCUUCAACACGGAACGGAUCCGGCUGGGUGGCCCCGGCGCCUCCCGAGGCAUCAGCUGCCACUUCUGGGACGUCGGGGGCCAGGAGAAGCUGCGGCCCCUGUGGAAGCCCUACAGCCGCUGCACGGACGGAAUCGUGUACGUGGUGGACUCCGUGGACGCGGAGCGGCUGGAGGAGGCCCGCGCCGAGCUGCACCGGAUCACCCGCUUCCAGGAGAACCAGGGGACCCCGCUGCUGGUCAUCGCCAACAAGCAGGACCUGCCGCGGGCCCUGGACGUGGGGGACAUCGAGAGGCAGCUGGCCCUGUCCGAGCUGAGCCCGUCCACGCCGUACCACGUCCAGCCGGCCUGUGCCAUCAUCGGAGAGGGGCUGAACGAGGGCAUGGACAAGCUGUAUGAGAUGAUAGUGAAAAGGAGAAAGACUCUGAAGCAGAGGAAGAAGAAGUGACGCAUGAGAAGCUGCCAGUAAACUUUAUAUGGAAGGAAAAACAUUUAAUUCCCUCAAUCUGAAUGUAGCAGAAAGAGAAGAACUGGAGGAAGAUAGGAGGAGGACCAGGGCCACUGAAGACAGAAACAGAGGAGAUCCGUGGAAAAACCUGGAAAAUACAGAGCUACUGAAGUCAAAAACCUGCAAGGAAAAAAAUUUGAAAUUUUUAGAUUAAUUUCAGAAAUUUUACAGGAAAAAAACUGGAAAAUUCAGAGUUCCAAAAGUCAAAAUAUUGCAAGAAAAAAAAAUAGAAAUUCUGAGAUUAGAUUCAGGAAUUCUCUAUUAAAUUCCUGAAUUGGAGAUUUUUGGAUUAAUCUCCAUUUCUGAGUUUUCUUUUCUAACCGAUUUUUUUAUUUUUCAAACUUAGAAAUUCUCUUGUUUUUUCUAGAAUAUUUCUUAGAUCAAGCUCCAGAUUUCUGAGGUUUUUUCCCACAAUUCUUUUGACAUGUUUUCUCAACCUACUCCUACUUUUUCUUUAUCUACAGUGGCCCUAACACACUGUGGUAAACAUCUUGCUUUGAAAACCUCAUCAUAAAAUCAAAUUUAUGGAUACAUUUAACUUCUUCAGAAGGACUCAGAAAUAUCUGUGGUUUGAAUAUUUUAUUCUUCCUCUCUGGUGUCAUUUAAUUCAAAUAUUUGGUUUGUGUUCAAAGCGGUGAAGAUUCAGACAAACUGGACGCUUAACAGAAUAACUUGCACUAAGCAUUCAUCAGUCAUAAAUGGAUAAAGUCUAAAAACCCUGAAAGAUUUGUUGGUUUUGAUAGUUUGCUGAAAUUGUUUCCAGAAAUCCACUGAUUAAAAUUUCCUGCUAGUUAAAUCAGACCAAAUCCUUAGUAAUUAUUUGUUUUGGAUAUUUUAUCAUUUUAUUGUAACCAAAUGUAUACUUGUUGCUGAUUUUGUGAUGCAGACAUCAGGACAGAAAGAGUCUUCCUUAGAUUAACUUGUAGUUAUGCAAACCAGCCGGCUGAACCUGAAGCAUCGACAUCACAUCCUGUCGUUCAAACGUUUGAUUCACAUCCUGAAUCGUGUCAAAGCUUCACAUCUGAACCAAACUAGCAGCAUGUUGGUCCAGCUGGUGAAUAUUUGUAGCUCCAACCGGACGGAGCUCCUGGUUGCUCCUGCAUGACAGCCGCUCUGAUUCCAGACAAUAUUUAUCUGUAUCUGUGUGUUCAAGCCAAAAUACAGCGAGACCAAACCAUGUGUUAUGUGCCAAAUUGUAAAAAAAAAAMAAAAAAAGUAUUUUUGGGAUUAAAAUCUUUAUAAACAAG